AAAUAACCUCUCGGCCGGAGGAAACCUUCUGGGGCGCUGGAAGUUCUCUGCACCUUGAUCUGAGUGUUGAUUACACGAUGUUUCUAUAUCUAUAUAAAUCACCCAUCUGUACUCUUCAGAUGUAUGUAUUAGGUUAUACCGUAAAUAAAAAGAAAAACAUAACAAGCCUAGCCACGACGCGGCCCCCUCCCCUAGCCGCUGGCGACAGGUGUCUCUGAGAUUCCAAAAGCCACUCUCCGCGUGCAGCGCAGGCUCAGCGCCCGCCGCCUGAAGUCGUGCGCCGCGCGCCCAAGCCCAGACGAGGUUCCCAAGGCAACCGCAUGCCGCUCGCCGCGUCUCCGGAGAGACGCGGCGCCAGCGAAGACCCGGAACCCGAAUUUAUGAACCGGAGCCGAGGAGCGCGGCUGGAGAGAGACAGCGGCUGGCCAAGUGCGGAGGGAAGCGACUCAGCUCCCUUCGUCCUUGCGCGCGCAUCCCGAGGGCAUUCAGCAGGCACCACUCCCCAGCCCCGGCUGCGGCCACAAACUGCUGCUUGAACUCACCCCCGGGGAUUCACUCUUCAGCUUUCCAGGUGGGGAGAUGGAAGGCUUGGCUUGACUUCCAAUCAGGGGCGAAGCCGAGCAAGCACCCCAUGGCCCGCUCUCCGGCUGGCACAGCACAGCCAAGUGGAAGAGCUGGGUGCUGGCGCCUCUUGGGGUUCUGGUUCCGGCUCUGCUAGCAACUUGCUGUGUGGUCUUCAAAAUCCCGUCUGGGUCUCAGAGAUGGGAACACCAGCACUCAGAGUAGCUUUUACCAAGUAUGUGAAAUAAUGUGUAAAAGUGGCUUACAAACUGUGAAGUGCUUUACACGUGUUGAGGACCAUCACCGUGGCCACCCUGUUGCCUCCUUGCCGUCAUCAACACCCCGGCCCCAACUGCAGCCUUGUUGCCAACCAGCUGCACAGGGACCCGGGGCUCAGAACUCUCUCUCCAUGCCCAGAGGUGUCCAGCCUGCAGGCCCUGCGUCUCCCAGGUGACCACGCCGGCUUCAGGACAUGCUCGGGCACAGCCGCAACGGGCAGGCCCACGUGCCCCGGCGGAAACGCCGCAACCGCUUCGUCAAGAAGAACGGCCAAUGCAACGUCUACUUCGCCAACCUCAGCAACAAGUCGCAGCGCUACAUGGCGGACAUCUUCACGACCUGCGUGGACACGCGCUGGCGCUACAUGCUCAUGAUCUUCUCCGCGGCCUUCCUCGUCUCCUGGCUCUUUUUCGGCCUCCUCUUCUGGUGCAUCGCCUUCUUCCACGGUGACCUGGAGGCCAGCCCGGUGGUGGCCGCGGCGGGGGCCCCGGCGGGCAGCAGCGGGGCGGCGCCCGCGACCCCCAAGCCAUGCAUCAUGCACGUGAACGGCUUCCUGGGCGCCUUCCUGUUCUCGGUGGAGACGCAGACGACCAUCGGCUACGGGUUCCGGUGCGUGACGGAGGAGUGCCCCCUGGCGGUCAUCGCCGUGGUGGUCCAGUCCAUCGUGGGCUGCGUCAUCGACUCCUUCAUGAUCGGCACCAUCAUGGCCAAGAUGGCGAGGCCCAAGAAGCGGGCGCAGACGCUGCUGUUCAGCCACCACGCGGUCAUCUCGGUGCGCGACGGCAAGCUCUGCCUGAUGUGGCGCGUGGGCAACCUGCGCAAGAGCCACAUCGUGGAGGCCCACGUGCGGGCCCAGCUCAUCAAGCCCUACAUGACCCAGGAGGGCGAGUACCUGCCCCUGGACCAGCGGGACCUCAACGUGGGCUAUGACAUCGGCCUGGACCGCAUCUUCCUGGUGUCGCCCAUCAUCAUCGUCCACGAGAUCGACGAGGACAGCCCGCUGUACAGCAUGGGCAAGGAGGAGCUGGAGUCCGAGGACUUCGAGAUCGUGGUCAUCCUGGAGGGCAUGGUGGAGGCCACGGCCAUGACCACCCAGGCCCGCAGCUCCUACCUGGCCAGCGAGAUCCUGUGGGGCCACCGCUUCGAGCCCGUGGUCUUUGAGGAGAAGAGCCACUACAAGGUGGACUACUCACGCUUCCACAAGACCUACGAGGUGGCCGGCACGCCCUGCUGCUCUGCCCGGGAACUGCAGGAGAGCAAGAUCACCGUGCUGCCCGCCCCCCCGCCCCCGCCCAGUGCCUUCUGCUACGAGAACGAGCUGGCCCUCAUGAGCCAGGAGGAGGAGGAGAUGGAGGAGGAGGCGGCGGCCGCGGCGGCCGUGGCCGCGGGCCUGGGUCUGGAGGCAGGCCCCAAGGAGGAGGCGGGCAUCAUCCGGAUGCUAGAGUUCGGCAGCCACCUGGAUCUGGAGCGCAUGCAGUCCACCCUCCCGCUGGACAGCGUCUCCUACCGCAGGGAGUCGGCCAUCUGACCUCUGGGCCCUGCCCCCCCGCCUCCCACUAGAGCCUCUGCUGCCGGGGUGGGAUGCCAGGACCCAGGACCCCUCUCCACAUUCAGGGACAGAGCCGACCCUGGCUCCAUGAACCUCCUCGAGGGAGGUGGGGGCUUUAAAGCUGGGGGCCCCCUCCCCAUUGGCUGCAGAACCCAGGCCUGGGAAGGUCCCAGGAAACCCUCAGCCCUGCCAGUCCAGCUCCCCGGUGCCUAUGUGCUGGUGGCUGGGGGACCCAGACCCCCCCACCUCUGCUCCCCGUUAACCCUUCAAGGACACGCCCCCUUUGUCCUCAGAACCUUGGGGAAGGCAGCUGGACUUCUGGGGGGGUGGGCAUCACGGGGUUCUGGGGUGGGCAGGGGUUAGUGUGGGGGGAGGAGGGUGGGGUGCGUUUCUUUUGCAUGACUGUGGCCCGUUGCUCAUGACUUUCUGUUGUAAAUAUCUGUACAUGGAGAGAGACAGAGGCACCGCACCCACUCCUGCCGUUUGUACCGCAGGACUAGGGGGUGCAGCCCUCCCUGUGCACCCCUCCCCCGCCCUCCCAGCCCAGCCCCUGUCCCCACCCGGCUGGCUGGUCCCUUGCAGCCCUCAGAGCCAGCCAUCUGCCCCCUGGAUGGUAUUGGGUUUGGGUGCAGUCAUGGGACCCCAAAGGGCAGGACAAAGGCCACCCCUUCCUGUGGUCCCUCCAGGCCCCUGGGCCCAGCCCAGACUGACAAUGGAGUUUGUAACGAUAUAUUUUUAAUAAAGUAUAUGGUCCAUUGGG